CACUAAACCUGUGUGUGUUUGUGUCUCCUCCACAGUAUCUGGGCUCCAUGCUGGUGAAAGAGCUGAGAGGGACAGAGUCCACACAAGAUGCUUGUGCCAAAAUGAGGAAGUCGACAGAACAGAUGAAGAAGGUGCCGACCAUCGUUCUCUCUGUGUCCUACAAAGGAGUCAAGUUCAUCGAUGCCACAAAUAAGAAUAUCAUUGCAGAACAUGAAAUCCGUAACAUCUCGUGUGCUGCUCAGGAUCCAGAGGAUCUGUCUACAUUUGCCUACAUCACCAAAGACCUCAAGUCCAGUCACCACUACUGCCAUGUCUUCACUGCUUUCGAUGUGAACAUGGCAUACGAGAUCAUCCUCACACUGGGUCAGGCCUUCGAGGUGGCGUACCAGCUCGCACUGCAGGCCAGAAAGAGUGGCCACGGGUCGUCCACACUGCCUGAGAGCUUCGACAGCAAGCCCAGCAAACCUGUCCCCAAACCCCGCAUCAACAUCCGCAAAUCUAUGGAGCAGCCGUCCAUGGACCAGAAGGGUCAUGCCAAUGUGCCAUGGAUUGUGGAGCCGGGUCAGGAGGCCAAGAGAGGAGUCAACACCAAGUACGAGACCACUAUUUUCUAACAUACACCCGCCUUGUCCACUCCUGUGUGUGUGUGUGUGCCUUUCAGAGGUUGCCCUGUACUGGGGCCCCGCCCCGGAGUUGGGCUCGAGCGACGCACGCCGCCGCUGUGUCACCUCACCGGCUGAAAAUAAAACAAACAAAACAUCCCGCCCCGCCCCCAUUAGCUGAGCCUGUCCACUGCAUGAUGAUGUUUGGCGCUGCGCCGUCUUUCUCUUUGUCUCCUUUCCUUUCUUUCGUUUCUGCUCUCCCCUUCUUUGGCCUGGGCCCCAUCUUCCUGCCUGCAGGCCUGGCGCAUGACCUUUGAACCCAGGGGUGGGGUGCAGUCCACCUGUAGGGGGAACGGUCAGCUUCGUUUUCCCCACUUCCUGUCUGUCGGUCAGUCAGCAGUCAAGCACUUGAUGAUAGGUGUUAACCCUAACUCCUGCCUCCAUCCCUCGCUUCUAUCCUCAGUUCAGCCCCUCUGUCGUCUGAGAGAUUUGAAAUAAGAACCGUCACAGUGUUUUAACUGUCUGUUCAGCCCAGAGUGGGAGCUGACCAUGUCUAAACAUGACAACAGGAGGAAAAGUGUAGACUUUUUUUUAAAAUUAAAGAGGAGAAGAGAUGUAGCACAGUCUAACUUUAGACUUAAACUGGUUCAUUCAGCGGGCUACCAGAAUGUACUUCAACUUUUUCAUUCUUUAUAUCAGACUUGCUUUUUCUUUCUGUUUUUUGAACAUACUAACGUUCAUUUCUUUGACAAACAGCUUUAAACUUGACUUGUGACACAGGAAGAUGUAGGUGUUUUUUUCAGAACAUGUGUACAUACCCCUGGGCAUAACCCUAAUUUUAUUUGGGGGAAGAAAAUCUUGUAUGUAAAAGGUUUUAGCAUGUGGCUUGUGAGACGCAUGGUGGCCAUUUUGGAUUUGCUGAGCAGGGGGGCCGGUGGAGAGGCGGGGUGUGAGGGCUCUCUCGAUAAGUGAUGUCAUCUCAUUUGCAGGGCAAUGCCGGACGCUCAUGUCUAUUACUGUGGAAUACAAAGAAUGUAGCCAGCCCUAAACACGGACCUUGUCAUACAUACAAUGCAAAAAGGACUACAAUGGACUACAAACAUGGAACCACUGCAGUGUUUAAGGUUGACUACAAAAAUUUGAAAAUUCAUCCACAUGAUGCUUGACACAGUAAAGUCUUUAACACACACUAACUGAACUACAUGUUGACAGACGACCGUCUGCUCUGAAUGUACACUUAUUUUGAAGCAGCCUCAACUUUCUGCAACGACAGCAGGAUCUGUUUUAUGCAGCCAGCGGGGAGUGUUUGGGCAGGUUAGAGGGCAUCUGUUGGUAACGGACACUGCGCUGGCUAAACGCACCACUGGGCAUGUGUCAAUGGUGGAACGGGAAUGUGUUCGACGACGUCUGGCUGGCGGCUCUUUUUUUGGUCUUUUUUAUUUUCUUUCAAGUCAGAAAAUAACAUAUAUAUAUACGUAUAUGUAUAUAUACUGUAUAUAUAUACACAUAUACGUAUAUAUAUAUACACAUGUAUAUGCACAAGCGUGUAAAUGUGAUUGGACUAAGCUGCAACACGCUUCAACUGCAACAGGUGUGUCACCUUUCAAAAAAGUAUUCUAUUCAUAUUGCCCGACAUUUUAAUGUUUAAUAUGAGAGUAUUAUAUGACCAUGAUGAUUAUGAUUAUUCUUGUGCAAUUCUUGUCUACUGUUGUCUUAAUGUUACAUUAUUUUUCUAUGAUAUGCUGAGAUCAAACUUGAGCUUGAGAAUGAUGGCCAUCCUUUAAAAAAAAAGAGUAAAAAAGUCAAAAAAAGUCAAAGUAGACGACAGAAGUUGUGAACGUUGCAGUUGGCUUGCUAACUCGUCAGGUCAACCCUCCAUCCUCUCUCAUGGGGCUCUCCUCUAGCAGAUGGACUAUUUUAAACGCAGUAUUACUGUAUUAUUUGGAUGAGAUAUUAUCCAAUUAUAAAAUGUAUAUAGAUAUUUUGCCAACUCAUUGUUCAUAUGUGUAAUGUAAAACAGAAAAGAAUAAAGGAUUUGCAGUAUAUGGCACUGGAAACAAGGUACAAAAACAUAAAGGUUGGAAAUUAAAAAAAGAAAGAAAAGAAAAGUGUUACAUGUAGAGAUUGUAUUUUGAGUGAAAACUGAAAUGAGUUCUACGGUUACAUCACUGCUGACCUACUAAUGUACAUAGGCUUGGGCUUCCAGCACACUGAUUUUUGUAAUUUUGGCCAUUAUUUAUAUCCUUGUAAAGCACAUGAAAUAAAAUACAACUUGUACAACCAUUA